UGGGUGUCGUGCUCGAACGGCCACAUCCCGCCGAACGCCGUGCAGGGCGGCAUCGAGCGUGACGGCAAGCCGCUGUUUGUGGCCCGCGCUAUGUACAAGGGCGGCCUGCACCCGGGCAAGGCAGCACCGCAUCUGGAGGACGGCGGAUGCAACAUCGGCUGGGGCCACAAGGAAAUUACUGUCAGCGACUACCAGGUGCUGUGCGGAGACGCGAGCCGCCUGCGGUGGGUCAAGCAGGAGGGUUCUCUAAGCAUCCAGGGAUUUGUGCCUGUGCAGGCUGGCCAUGAGGAGUCGGGCGAGCCGCUGUACAUUGCAAAGACACUGGUGGAUGGCUCGCAGCAGCUGGGCAAGUGCGCCCCGCAUAUCAAGAAGGGCAUGUCGUACCCGUACGGCCACAAGGAGCGCGACGCCAGCGAGUACAUGGUUCUGUCGUAUGUC